GGUCAAAGGAAAGGAACGAUGCGUUCUCUUUCUGCUGGGUUGUAUCUAUCUCUCUAAGAAAGGAAGAAGAGACUGAGAGUCAGAGGGAUGAUGCUAGAAAACCCUCAAGCUCAGCCACCGGAAUCUGGUCCUGUGGUGGUGAAGCGCUAUGCUCCACCCAAUCAAAGGAACCGUUCUAUCAAUAAUAGGCGCAAAUCUUCAUCUGAUCGGCUUGAUCGAUCAAACAGUGUUGGCAGUGAUAUAGAAAAGAAUCAAGUUGCUUCUUCAAAAAACAUUCAAGUUACAGAUCACGGACAUGCUAGCAGCAGUAAUAUUUUUAAUGAGAACCAUUAUUCAAGAUUCAUUGCUUUACAAGGUUGUAGUAGCAGUGCAGCUUCCCAGCUUCUUAGUGAUCGUUGGACAGCUGUAAUACAGUCCUACAACAAUCCCAAAGAUUCAUCUGAAAAACCAGUUAUGUAUUCUGGUGGGACCUCAGUUUGGACUCAGUUCAGACUCCCUCAUCAGAUUAUGUCACCAGCUGCGAGUGCGUCCUCUUCUGUGUCACAGCUUGACUUUCUGGGAGAACUUCGUCGCCAAAUGCACAGUGCCAAUCCUAGUUUCAGCACAUGAUGGAUGGCAUGGAUUUAAGGUCUUUUUUGUUUGUGAUUUUAUAAUCAAGUUCUUGUCACAGCUGAAUGCUGUAAGAACCCUUUACUUGACUACCCAUUUGUGAUUUUGUAACUUCGGCACGUCAACUCACUACGUAUAUACAAGACAGAAUCAGAAUAUGUGUGACGCCUGUGUAGGUGUAAAUUGCAAUAUCUUACAUUAGGACUUAUAUUUAAGGAUUUAUUACGCUAUAUGCUUACUGAAUACUAGUACCAGUUUUGAUAAUUUAAAUGCAUGGUGACAUUUUUGUUGUAAAAAAACGAAGAAACUGAAGAAUUAUGAUAGAACCUACAUGAACCAACUAUUUUGUCCUUA